UAACUCGUUGGCUUAAUAAUAGUCACUGUCGUAUUCACUAGGGAAUUUAAACAUUGUGCGAUAGGGAACAUUUAAAAAAUAGUUAUUCUUCUCAGGCCGCCCACGGUGUAAAGUGCGGUCUCCAACUCUAUCACCUCCUAUAUUGAUGAAGGGCCACCGCCCGAAACGUCUAUUAAGGCCACACAGUGUUGUUGACGAAUGUGUUGCUGUGGCUACGUUGUCAUCAAGAUCCCGAGGGGCUUUGUAUGGAAGAGGGCCGGGGUGAGCAGCACGUGACUCUUCGAGGACUUGCCACGUGCCAUCUCGUACUCACGCGCACCGCCCAUGACCACAGUUGACGAUGCACGGUUGGCUACGUACGAUGCGAAACAAGUUCAACAUAUAGUGGGGAGUUUAUUUUUACAGAAUUUGAAAAAAAAUGGCUCUUCUUGUUAUGUUCGUUGCCGACCCCUGGAAUAGGGCAUGGGAUGAGAUGCAAUUUGUUCAUUGCGCUUGUAAGAUUUUCUCAAUGAUCUUGAGGAGAGGGGAGAGGGUUGAGAUAGGGCGCCAGUUGUUUGGGUCGUCUGCAGCGCCGCCUUUACGAUGACGGGCGCACGGGAGACGGAUGCCUCGAGAAUGGAGAGUUUGAAUCAUGUGGCCAUCGGUUUUCCGAUGGGAGAUCCCCGCACAGUGGAGGGCAAAGACAGGCAGGACACCGGCACCAUCAACACCCGUGGGGAGCAAGGUUAGGACCUUACAUUACGAGAUUGGGAGGAAAUUACAUUUCUUAUUAGGGGCAAUGGGGAGGAUGGGUCAGGAGGUGGGUGAACGGUUGUAUUAGGAAGCCACUGGAGCUGGGCACUUUUAAAUCUAGAUUGAAAACGCAUUUCUCUAGCACAGUUGUGUUUAGUUUGUCGCCCACCUCCGAUUAGCACGGUUGGCCACGCACGGUGAGAAAGAAGUUCAACAUACGUCACAAGGCUGGAUGUGAGUGUCGCAGACCUGGCCUGCAGAUGCACAGUGUGAGUUAAACCCAUUCACUUGUAUGCACUAGUUGUAGUUUCAUAAUAAAGGCAACUGCCAAUUGAGCAAAAGCCUCAGCGGUGCUCCUCGACAUUCACCAUCAAGGGCCUUCAUGGCGUGUGUGGGUGGUUAUAUUAGUGUGAGUGCGAUAGUAUGCUGUGUGGGGGUUAUAUUAGCCUGAGUGCGAUAGUGUAUUCUCUGUGUGUGCGGUUAUAUUACCCAGAACACGGUAGUUAGUGUCUGCUAUGUGUCGUUAUAUUAGCGUGAUUACGGUAGCAUGUUGAAGGUGAUUAUGUUAGCGUGAUUACGGUAGUUAGUGUUAUGUCUGUGGCAAUAUUAGGAUGAGUACGGUAGUGUGCUCUUUGUUUUGGAUGAAUCUUGACUUAAAGCUUUAGUGACUGCAGGAAUUCAUAUUCUUGGAUCUUUCGGUAAAGUUACGGUAAAGUCACGUAAAGUUACGUGACUUUACCGAAAGACCCAAGAAUAUGUAUCAGGAUGCAUUGCGUUUGCUAUUUGAGUGCUUAUAUUAGGGUGAGUACGGUAGCGGAAGCGGCCCGCGUGGAUGGCGCGCGGUGCAUGCUGGACCAGGUGCUGCCCUCCGCAGGCCGUGGCCCAUUCGUUGCUGCUCCCGGUGGCCUCUGCUGCUGCCCCCCCUCCCCUGCUGCUGCCCCCCCCUCCUCUCAUCGAUGUAGCACCGGCCUCUUCUGCUGUAGCUCUACCCACGUACCUCCCCGGGCGGAGCGCCGGCUGCCGCGGUCAACGCGCGCCGCCCCGGGGAGCAGCCUCCCGCCUGACUGACUGGAGCCGGAGAGGUUCGGCCAACUCGCCCCCCUGAGAGACCCCCUGAGAGACCCCCCGAGAGACCCCCAGAGAGACCCCCCGAGAGACCCCCUGAGAGACCCUCCCUGGCAGCGCGAGACCCCCCCCCCCCCCGUGAGCGAUAGCCCCCCUCUCUCCGAAAGUCGCCCCCCCCAGCUCCUUCCCGAAGUUCCUGGGCAGCCCGAGACGCGGCACUUGGCGCCUGGCCCCGCAGGGGAGCCCCGAGUCGUCACCCCCGCCGCCAGCCCGCCGGCUCCUCUUCCUGCUCCGCGGCGCCCCGGCUGAACCGCUCUUGCUGGGAUGUCUGAGGAGCUGUUCGUGAAGAAGGCCAAAGGGAACUGCGGCGACGGCGAGAUGUGGCCCGAAGUCACGGUGAAAAUCGAGAAGGAUUCCUCGGAAGACCACCAGGGCUACACGAGGCCGGACGAGGUGGAGGCCUGUCGGGGCGGCGGAGUGGUGCGGCCUGCGUGGGCAGAGGUGGAGGUGGAGCUGGAGGACACCAACGAUGGCGGCAGCCCGCUGUGGGACGACACCUUGGGCGCGGUCACGAAGACGCGCGUGUGGUGGUCCGACGCGGAGACCAGGGUCCUGCUGAAGCUCAUCCAGGACAUCAACGUGGGCACCAUCCUCGACGGCAAGCGCCAACGCAACGCCGCCGUCUUCAAGAAGAUCCAGCGCGAGCUGUCGCUGCGCGGCGUCGAGAAGAACUGGGAGGCCGCCCGCUGGAAGUGGAAGGCCCUGAAGGCCAAGUACAUCGCGGCCAAGCGUGCGAUAGGCCGCAACGGCGCGGGCACCUGGACCAACUUCCGCUUCUACUCCGACAUGGACAAGAUCCUGGGAGGACGGCCCAACGCGCUGAGGGCGAGCGCCCACCUGCAGGGGGGCUUGGCCGUGGUCACGAAGACGCGCGUCUGGUGGUCUGACGCCGAGACGAGGAUCUUUUUGAGGCUCAUUCAAGACUUUGACGCCGGGCCCGUCCUCGACGGGAAGAGGCAGCGCAACGCGGCGAUGUUCAAGAAGAUCCAGCGCGAGAUGUCCGCCCACGGGGUGCAUAAGAGCUGGCAGGUGGCGCGCUGCAAGUGGAAGACCCUGAAGUCGAGGUACAUUGCCGCGAAGCAGGCGGAUGGACGCGACGACGAUGACACCGCCGCAGCCGCCGCGGGGAGUUGGAUCAAGUUUAGGUUCUAUCCGGAAAUGGACGCCAUCCUGCGAGGAUGCCCAUGUGCCCUUAGAACGAGUUCGAGCUCUAAAACAAGCGCUAAGACGGAAGAUGACCGCAUGGAGCCCUCCGAGGAGCACGCUGAGGCGGAGGAGUGCAGUGACACGUCUCAAUUGGCGGACAUCCCGCUCGCCGUGAACCCUGCCGCAGGAGCGACGCUCGAGUCGGCCCCCAACCCCUUCAGCUACGAGAGCAACGCUCCGGAGCAGCCCGCCGGUUCUCCCGCGGCGACGGCCGCCCCCCCGUUCGUCGGCCUGCACCAGCAGCAGCAGCAACAGCAGCAGCCCUGCGACCUCGCGUCGGCGGCGGCGGCAGCGCUCGCCGCGUCGCCCUCCCCCCACUCGUCUGCCUGCUCCUCCCCGUCCGUCUCCUCCGCCAUCGUGGACACGUUCGCGCAACCCGCCCACGACGGCCCGUCCGGCGCCCACGCCACCGCCGUUGCCGCGGCGACGGCGGCCGCGGCCGGCAGACUCAGACGCCACUACCAGACGCGCAAGCUGGACUCGUACAUGUCGGAUUUCAGGCGCAUGCACGAGGAGAGCAUCAGGGCCUUCAGGGAGUCGGAGGCGAAGGACGCGGCGUGCAUGCAGUCGGUGAUGAGGCUGAUGGAGAGGGCCGUCGCGUGCUUGGAGUCGCCCGCUGCCAGGCCGACGCCGCAUCCUCCUCCACCCUCGAAUAACGAACCCUUCGGUUCCUCUCCGGGAGAGUAGCCUUCCUGGCGCAAAGAAUGCCUACCUCAGCUACCGGAGCACACCGGAGCACACCAGAGCACACCGGAGCACACCGGAGCACACCGGAGCAACGUUCGCCAGCACCCCGCUCGCUCUGCGCUCUCGAGGCGGUUGCCCGCCCCCCCACCGUGCGGCCGACGGUGUCCACGGCUCCGCCGGCCCUCGACGUCUGCAGUGGGGAGGGGGGGGGCGGGCGGCUUCAGCCCUGUGUGCGCGCUUUAAUUGUUUCUAUUUUGUUCGAGUGUGCAAGGUGGCAAGGCGUUGCGAGCGUUGAGUUUGGUUGUGGCGAUGGUGGUGACGGUGUGCGGGCGUGUUUGUGAAUGAAGAAAGUCGCUGUUGUGUGUGCCGUGGCGUGGCCAUGAAUGACCUUCCGGGAAACCAGCACACAGCCAAACCUCAUCUGUGCUCUUCUGUUGUUCGGGAAAAGAACGACCAGGAAUGCCGCAUUUUGGUGACGACGCCUGAUUGGUCAGCGCACUGCCGCCGCAAGCCCUGGGAACCAAGGUCGAUUCCCGCUCACAACCAAUAACCAGCGGGGGGUAACUCUUGGACCGGUUCCUCAGCCCUCCCGCUAGGUCAGCUCAACCUUAAAUGAGUAGCCGGCGCGAUGUUUAAACAACAUCAGCACUGGGGAAACAACGGUGGUGGCUGGCCGUGGUGUUGGCCACAAACCCCACCCCAUGGUGUCUCACAGUGCCGGCCUUCAUAGGUGCUGCUCGCUUAACAGCACUUUCCCCGACUGUUUAAACGCUAUACAGGGUGGUGGGGGGGAGCUUUGUCCUUCGUAUCGAGGUUUUGAUUUGUUUGUAAAUUGUAACAAUUUACACAACGGGCAUUUACAAAUUCAAGGAUCUCACCACCACCGCAGUAGAAGCAGCGGUUUAUUGGGAUAACGACCGUGACUGAUGCUGUUGGUGCUGCUGCUACUGCAUCAAGACACUCGGGAUGUCAUUAAGACUUUUGAAAAGUGAACCCCAUGUUUAAAAAAAAUAAACACUUCCCAUGCGUUUUGGCGUAUCCCAGGUUUGUCGUUUAGCUUUGGCAGUUUGGUGACCCCCCCCCCCCGCGACAGCUGGAGAGAAAUCCACGCACCAAGGGGAAGACAUGCAAACUGCAAACUCUGAUCGAACCCACGACCUCCUGGAUACCAGCGGAGGUAGUUGACAUUUGGCGCCCCAUUCAUCGGCCAUCAUGGCAGUUGUCUGCGGGUGAAAUGUGAUGCGCCCAUCAUAUUCAUCAUGGUUAAAUUUUUUUAGCAAAUCAGGAAAAUGUACCAUUUUUUUUAUCCCGAGUAUAAAUAUGUAUAUUCUUUAACUUAAAGGCAACGGGUGGCAUAAAGUGUUUCCUUCUUUGUGAGGUCUGACAAUGGGGCACUGCCCAUGCCUCAAUGGUAGACCCCGCCCCCUCCCGUGCAGUCCACGGGGGCCCCCCGUAAAGUCCGCGGGGGCCCCCCGGACGGUCCGCAACGGCCCUCUGGGCAGUCUGCAAGGAGGCCUCCAGGCAGUCCACGAUGGCCCCCCGGGUGGUCUGCAAGAGGGCCUCCAGGCGGUCCGCGACAGCCCCCCAAGGCGGUCGUCACGGAGCACCCGGUGGGCCCCCGCGGACUGCCUGGAGGCCCCGGACGGACACUUGACACUGGCAACCCGGCGUCAGAGGCGGAGAGGCUCCGGGGUGGCGGGACUCCUCGGGCGUCUGAACGCAACGAUGCGCGGUGUGAAAGAAGUUCAAGGUAUGUGGGGGUGUAGAGGCGCAGCCCCUGCAAAUCGCCCGCUGACGCCACUGCGGGCGAGGAAGGGGCCUUCACUCGAGAUGAGCUCUCGACGAGUGAGCUCCUCUCGACUCUCGGUGUUCGGGCCGAGUCUUUCGCUGCUGGCUAGACGUUUUGGAAAGGAGUCUAUGCUCACGGCAGAGGGGGAAGCAGCGCCACCACCACCACCCUGCUGCUGCUGCUGGGCACAGGCGUGGGUUGAAGUGGCUCCACCCUCCUAACCCCCCUAAUCCCAACACCCUAACACCCCUACCCCUAACACCCUGACAUCAACACCCCUACCCCUAACACCCUGACCUCAGCAUCCCUAACCCCAACACCCUUUCUCAUAUCACCCCUAUCCCUAACGCCCCUGACCCCAACACCCAUUCCCCAAUACCCCUAAUCCUAACACCCUUACCCCUUAACACCAAUACAGGAAGUACUCCACUUACGAACGCCCGUACUUACGAACCAGCUUCCGUGAAAUAUAAAGCAAUCUAGCGGGAAGUACCCGGCAUUUCCCGGACGAAAAAUAUAUUUCAAAACUUCUCUCAAAAACCUAAAAUAUACAUACACCGAUUGUAAGCUAUUGUGGAAGCCUGGUGGGACAUUUGUCCAUUUCUCCACCAACAAAAUUAUAAGAGGCUUGCAGAAGUCCAAAAAGUAAUAGAAA